CUGCUUUCUUCAGGAAGAGAACGAAGAAGGCAGAAGGACAAAAGCACCAUUUCCAAACUGUCUCAGAAGAGAACGCCCUCUGCCCCUCCGCUUGCUCCUCCCCCAGCUCCUAAACCUGCUCCUCCUCCUCCUCCUCCUCCUCCUCCUCCUCCUUCUCUUCCACCUCCACGAGCCAGAGGGGGCCAAAGAUCCAAGCAACCUAAGCGCGCUUCUCUCCCCAGUCGACAGGUGCUGGAUGUGGAUGGAGUGUGUGUAGAGGACACCAGGCGUCGGGAUGGAGGGAUGAACUCCAGUGUACAGAAGCAGACAGGGGAUAUGAGGAAUCGCAGGGUGAGAAUCAGAAGAGGAGCAUGGCAGAUGUCAGGACAACUCCCUAACAAACCCCUGCCUGUUAAAGCCACAGAACCGGCCAACACUCCACCAUCAUCUGAGAGCAAGCACAAAGCUACCUUUGUCUGAUCUCACACACAGGAUCUGUUUGGGACCCAGAGUGCUGCGUUAUAUCUUUUCAUUUUUCUGACCGAAAGGAACCUUGAAAAUAACAUUUGGCUUAGGAAAGAUUUACAAACUCCAGUGUUUAGAAGAAAAAAAGGAAUUCUUUAUACUUUAUUAUUUUCCUCAGUUGUUUGAACCACUCAUUUGUUUUGAAGAUUAUAUUUGAAUACUAUUUUUACACAAAAAAAUAAAUCGUCAUGCAGCACAUAGACAGAGAACAGUGACUACACUUUCACUGUCAUUAAUAAAUCUACCUUGAAAGAAAAUGUACAUUUUUGGGGAAAGUCUUCAUUGCUACACAUUUGUAAUCGUUUAGCCGUAAGCGCGUUAGUGAGGUCAGGCAGUGGUGUUGGGUGAAAAUGCCUGACACAGUGUUAACACUCCAAUUCAAUCCAAAGGUUUUCAGUGGGGCUCUGUGCAGGACACUCGGUUCUUCCGAUCUAAACUUGGAACACCAUGUCAUGCAUGUUCUGUCAUAUCUUAUAACUUACCUGAUUGGGUGUCCAGAAGUGAUAUUAUUGUCUGCCAUACAUAAGUGUAAUCAAACAUGGAGAAAAUGGCUUCUGAAUAUUAACACAGCUUGG